UAUUAUUAAACCACUAUAAUAAACAAAGUGUGUUUUGUAUUGUGGCAUGAAAAUAUAGUUAUGUAGAAUUUGGGUCAAUAGAUUCAAUUUUAAGAGAUUUAUAGUUCUACAAUUUGUAAAGAAUUGAGUUUUGUGCGCGCAAGAAUGUCAUUGCCAUAUACUUAUAAGUUGAGAUGAGGAAGCCUAAAACUAAAUUAUAGAAACUUUGCUAAUAACAGAAUAUAUUAUUGUCAACGUCAUCAAUAUCACAGCUAUCAUAUAUGUUACUAACUCAACACAUUUACUAGUAAUAACCCCAAUAUCAAAAAAGGACCUGCUUUGUUUUUACAGAAAUAUUGUGAAAGUUUGGAGUUUAAAGGUAUUGUUUUUGGAAAGCCAGCUGCCUCAGCUGGCGAGGCAAUGGAUAGCAGUGUUGACAAUAUGAAUAGACGUCAAACAACUCGAGUUUUCAAGAAAUGCAGUCCUAAUGGAAAAAUUACUGUUUAUAUUGCUAAACGAGAUUUUGUUGAUCAUAUAAGUCACGUUGAUCCCAUUGAAGGAGUAGUACUAAUUUCUCCUGAUAUUGCAAAGGAAAAAUACGUAUUUAGUACGGUAAUAGCUGCAUUUAAGUACGGUCGAGAAGAUCUCGACGUUCUUGGAUUGACAUUUAGAAAAGAUUUAUAUCUUUCAACUAAGCAACUUUGUCCGGUACAGGUGGAUACGCAGCCAUAUGAAUUUACGCGAUUGCAAGAACGCCUUAUAAAAAAACUUGGUUGUAACGCUUAUCCAUUUUACUUUGAGCUACCGCCCCAUUGUCCAGCUUCUGUAACACUACAACCAGCUCCAGGUGAUACAGGAAAACCUUGUGGCGUCGACUAUGAACUCAAAGUUUAUGCUGUAGAAACACAAGAAGAAAAGCCACACAAGCGUAACAUGGUAAGACUAGCCAUACGUAAAAUAAUGUAUGCUCCUUCGAAGAAGGGUGAGCAACCCUCAACAGAAGUCAGUAAAGACUUUAUGAUGUCGCCUAGCAAGCUCUAUUUGGAGGCUUCGCUUGAUAAAGAAUUAUAUCAUCACGGUGAGAAUAUCGCUGUAAAUGUUCAUAUAGCUAAUAAUAGCAAUCGGACAGUUAAGAAGAUCAAGGUUUCAGUUAGACAGUUUGCCGACAUCUGUCUUUUCUCUACAGCUCAAUAUAAGUGUACAGUUGCUGAGGCUGAAAGCGAGAAUAAAAAUGAUUGCAAUGGCAGCAUAGGGGUAGCACCAGGAUUCACCUUGAGCAAGGUCUUUUCAUUUAAGCCUUCGCUUGCCGACAACAAGGACAAGCGAGGUCUUGCUCUAGAUGGACAACUUAAGCACGAGGACACCAAUCUCGCCUCAAGCACCAUGGAGGGAUGUCCGGUGGGACCAGGUUUCACGCUGAGUAAAGUAUUUUACUUGAGACCACUUCUAGCCAACAACAAAGACAAAUGGGGACUUGCUCUGGAUGGCCAGCUGAAACACGAGGAUACUAAUUUGGCCUCCAGCACGCUAGUUGCAGAUCCAGCCCAACGAGAAAAUCUUGGAAUAAUUGUACAAUACAAAGUCAAGGUUAAACUUUGUUUAGGAACUCUUGCAGGAGAAUUGGUAGCAGAAUUACCUUUCAUAUUAAUGCAUCCAAAACCAGAAGAAGAAGAGUUCACUGUAUCAACCAUAGGAACAGCUUCUACACAUCAAAGUGGAAGUGGUAAUGAAGCCAAUCUUAUCCAGUUGGACGACGAUCCCGAAGGUGAUGACAUUAUCUUUGAAGAUUUUGCUCGACUUAGGUUAAAAGGAGGAGAAUCAGAUGUCUGACUAUAUUCAUAUUACGGAAUCGUUCGAGUAAUUCACGUGAAUCGAAACAUCAAAUUUCUUUGCUGAUAAUUUUUC